CAAAUUUCGCACUGGUUUCCCAAUUUUAUAAUAUAAACAUAAAUAGUUUCCACAUACAAAAAUAACGAACCGCACGGAACAUCGCAACCAACACGCGAAUCGAGUACAACAAACAUCUGAAUGCUGAACAGCUCGACUUGUGCAAGGCGUACGUAGAAGCGAGGAAUGCGAACUCGAAUUUACUGUAUGUAAAUAAACCAAAUAAACGAAACAAAACAAAGCGGCAUGAGUCGCUCGCGGUUUCACGAUUUUUCAAAUUAAAAGGGAUUUUUAUCUGGUGUUUAUAAGAUUUAUAGACUAUGUCUUGGAAAACGUCGUUCGGAAGAAACCCGCUCGUAUUCAAUGUGCACAAGAGCAGUUCCGUGGCAAAGGGAACAGCGAGUGUCGUUCCCCGACCCAACCGCUGGAGAAGUGUAGUUGGAUUGGAAGUUCACGCCCAGAUUCAGUCCAGUUCCAAGCUGUUUUCGGGCGCGGAAGUGGCUUUUGGAGUGAGCAGCAAUUCCAGAGUGUCCCUGUUCGAUGCCUCCAUUCCGGGUACGCUUCCAGUUCUGAACCGUGCCUGCGUUGAGCAUGGGGUGCGAACUGCUCUGGCUCUCGAUUGCAACAUUAGUCCGAUAUCGAUGUUCGAUAGGAAGCACUACUUUUACGCUGAUUUGCCAGCCGGGUAUCAGAUUACGCAACAGCGGGCUCCAUUGGCUCGAGGAGGAGUACUGACGUUUCCGGUUAUUAUUCCCGGGGUAACCCGGAAACCCUACUACAAGUCUUCGAGGUUGCACCAACUUCAACUAGAACAGGAUAGUGGAAAGUCACUGCAUGAUCCCUACGAGAAGAAGAGUUUGGUGGAUCUAAAUCGUGCCGGAGUACCCCUGAUGGAAUUAGUCUUCGAACCGGACCUGGAAACUGGAGAGGAAGCUGCUGCACUAGUCAAGGAACUGAUAUUGAUCCUAACUCGGUUGGGGAGUUGUUCUUGUCGUAUGGAAGAGGGCGCCCUUCGCGUGGACGCAAACAUUUCGAUACACCGGGACGAUGAGCCUCUAGGAACACGCACCGAAGUUAAAAACAUCGGAUCCGUUCGAGCAGUGGCACAAGCGAUUGAAUAUGAAAUCGAACGGCAAAUCGACAUCUUGGACGAUGGAGGAAGAAUUUUCAACGAAACACGUGCUUGGGACGCCGUAAGCAGGAAGACUGUUUCUAUGCGAGACAAGGAAGUAGUUCAGGACUAUCGGUUCAUGCCAGAACCGAAUCUGCCGCCAUUACACGUAAAUGUCGAAGGAAUACAGUCUGAAAAUGACACAAUUGAUGUUCAACAAAUAAAGACUCGUCUGCCAGAGCUACCGGAAGAAACACGGAAAAAACUUGUGGAAGUACAUAAUUUGACACCUGAAAUGGCAAUCAUUCUUGUGAACGACAUCACAUUGUACAAACAUUUCCAAGCAAUUUCCGAGGAACCUGGCAAGAACCGCUCUCCUAAAAUGGUGGGAAACUUCUUAAUCAAUGAAUUUCUGAUGGUCUUGAACAAGAAUAAACUAGACGUUCAGGACUGUCCCAUUCCGUCCGAUCAUCUAGCAGAAGUGGUCGACAUGCUGGAAGGAAAUCUAAUAAAUACGUACCUAGGAAGAUUGAUUUUGCAGGAAACACUGGACAGUGAUCGACAUGAACGGCCUGGUCAAAUCGCUGCACGGAAAGAUUGGCUAAUGAUCACCGAUCCCGAUCGAAUACAGCAACUUUGUCAGGAAGCUGUUAAAAACAAUCCGAAGCUGGUCGAAAAGUAUAGGAAAGGAAAGGAAAAGAUGCUGUAUGCGUUGGCCGGACAAAUUGCCAAAGACACGGAACAGAAGCUCGACAUGGCCAAAGCAGUGGAUUUGCUGAAGAAAAUUCUGAAAGGUUGAGUAAAAUCUAUUAUUUGAUGAAAAAAGAAUAAACGGAGUGAUGUAGGAAAACAAAUA